GAGGAGAAGCCCGAUGGCAUGUCCACAGCGGCAUGGCGCAUGCAGAGGAGAUGUAGGCGCGAGCUGAAACGGCCGGUCCCCGAAUGGAGGAUGAUCUCGAUUGAGCAAGUCACCACGAACCACACGAAGAUGGCACCCGGGAUGUUUUAUGGCCUGCAGUUCCCAUGGACGGAGGAGAUGCUGUUGAGCUCCAAGUUUGGUGCCGAGUGGCUGACGCAGGCCAUGCACGUAGCUGGCACACUGCCAUUGGACAACAAGGUGACGAAGGUCAGCGCUGACCCGUUCAAGAUCACCACCGGAAACAAUGGUGGCAAGUUCCUCUUCGAAGUCGAGUAUCAGAAUCCCUCCGAG